CAUUACAGUCUGUCUUCAUGUCACUAGAGUCGUUGUUUGUUGCUGAGCUGCUGGGCUUCACGGGUCUUUCUUUGGGCUCUUCUGUUCUUGGUGCUUUGUGGGAACUUUGCACCCUGCUUCCUGUAGGGCUUCACAAAUAUGUGCUUGCAGGGGUCAUCUCCUCCUAACUGCUAGGUGACUCCAGCUGGACUCAACGCAACUGCAAGAUAGCAACACGGUCAGGCAGCAGAGAGGAGCUCAGCAACAGGACACAACUGGGAAGUGAAAAAUGUCUGGGUCAGCUGGUGAGAAGAACUGGAGGCAAGCACAGGUCAUCACUGGUCCCAGCAGACCGACCACAACAAUCAUACUGCGAGACAUAUACGAUCCAAAGCCUCCACCUUCAAAGGCCCCGGUGAGGAUCCAGCCGCCGUCUCCAAGACCCGCCUCUCUGAGAGAACGAGGUCAGCAGCAAACUCCUUCAGAUGAUCCGUCCCUCCGGAGGAAGAGGGCCCAGUCUCUGUCUUCUGCUUCAGGCAGGAAGAGAGAACCCCGGAGGGUCCAGGUACGCUUUGUGGAUGCGCUGGGUCUUGAUCUGGAGGAGGUGAAAGUCUUCAGACAUCAGGAAGACCCCCUGAUACCCCCACAUGUGAUGUUCAAGCUGCUGAUGAGCUCUGAACUGACUUUUGGAAAGUCACCUGAGCUGAACAUGCCUUACUUCAGAGCCUGUUUCCCAGAACACCCGGGGGCCCUGCCAAACUUCCAGAACCGUCUCUGCUCUCAGAAAGUCUCUCUGGAGCGUGUGACGUGCUCAGACCAAGGCAUAACAGGAACUGUUCAUGUACUUAAUUUAGCCUAUCAGAAAGAGGUCAAAGUGCACUACUCUUUCACCAACUGGAGAACACAAACACACACAACAGCUUUGUGGGUAUCAGGUGGGUACCCUGGCGACUGCAGAGCUCCAGGCACGGAUGUUUUCAGGUUUCGUCUGCCCGUCCCGCCCUUCAUCUUGCAGCCAGGAGCCAUCCUGGAGUUUGCCGUCUGCUACCGUGUGAAUGGAUGGGACUUCUGGGAUAACAACGACGGCAACAAUUACAAACUGGCAUGCCACAGUUACAAGGUGACCGUGCCCAGGGAGUGUGAGGACAGCAUGCUGCAUUUCACCUGACUGGCCACAUGAGGGAGCUAGCUCCUGUUAAUGCAUGUGAGAGGACACGAAUAGCUUCUAUAUGAAUUCUUACUUUGGUUUUCAAAAUGUUGGAAUGUUAUUCAGUUCAUCUGGACGUUUAUCAGUUUGGACUCUUUCUGUAUUUUGUCCCAGACGCAGCGACACAGCAAAUGUUAUCAGCAUGCAACACCUCUAAUACUGUAUUCAUAUACUGAAUAUUUUGCAUUCAGUAUAUGAUUACUAAUAUUAAAUUGAUCAUUCUUAACUACAAGUCAUAAAUUACUUAUUCAUUCUAAACUGCUUUUCACACAGCAGAUUAAUAAAAGAAUAUUAGUUGGAUCUUUUUAGUUACUCAUUGAAAAUUUUGUUCUGCCCUGAGAAAAUAAAGACCUUGAAGAGAAAAUAAGUAUUUGUGAAAGAGAAUCUAAAAGAAAGUUUUUUUUAAAAAUCACAUUGAUCUUUAAAUUAUGUCCUUGCAUUUUUUGUUGUUGCACAAAACAGAAUUCUUACUGGUUGUUAAACGACCAAAUUCUUGUCUCCCACAUUUGUUCUUAAAAUUGAGCAAAUUGGAACAUGAGGGCCACAUGAGGGUCCUCAUGUUCCCUCAUGAGCCAAUUUAUUAAAUUGGCUUAAUAGAAAAAAAAAAGUUUUUUUGCUGAAAUGUUUUGGUUCUAGGAUGAGGUGUUUUGUUUUGUUUUGUUUUGUUUUGUUUUUUUUCCAACCGUAUCAAAAUUGGUGCAUUUCACAAAACUGCAACAGAGACACUUUAUUCACAUCACACCGGUCAUGUGAUCAACAACUGGAUGUUGCUACUGCUGGAAAACACAACAAACACAACAGGAAGUAGUGGUAGGAUUAUUAUUUAUACCACGACAAAACUCAUUCAGUGUGAUUUUAGUUGAGUUUCUUAGACCUGAAGCUGCUCUCCGGUCUUUUAUAUCAUUAUUUGCACCUAUUUGAAUUUGUUGCCUUCAUAAAAGACAUCUGGGCAUCUUCAGUAAGCCUGGGACAGGACCACCGAGCUGUCUUAGGACAGGCGGGACAAAGUGUCGACCUGACCAAGGUUGGGAUGGGUGAUGAUUGGUAAACAGUUUGGUGAGACAAUUAGAAAAUCAGAGGACGUCCAUAUGCCUGUCAGUCUAAGACUGGAUCUGCUCAUCUAGACCUCAUGGAGUUUCAAUCAUCAUGAGGAAGAGCGAUCAGCCCAGAACGACUCGGCAGGACCUGCUAAAAGACCUGAAGAGAACUGGGACUACUGUCUCAAGGGUUUCCAUAGUAACACUGAACUAUCAUGAAUUAAAA